UUAACACCGCGUGAUGAGCAACAAGCCCGGUAAAGCUGCUCAUCUCUUCCGAGCUCCUCUGGGGGGACGCGCCCCGCGGGAUUGUCCUCCAGAAGCUCAGCCAGCCUGACAUCACAUUUCGUUUUUGUUACAUCGCUCCUUGGCACCACCUCCUUCUAAUCCAUUUCCAACUGCCCGUACUCACUCACUUUCACAACUCAGACCCCCCCACACCCCCUCCCCCCUUGUACAAGAAGAGGCAGGGGCAGACGGAGGGAUUAAUUCAUUUCCAAAGAGCCGAUGUGAAACGCGGGCAGCCGCAGCAACAAAGAACUCGUUAGAAGAAAAAAAUCGCAGCGGCAGCGCUUGCGUGUGUGUUUGAGUCUCUCGGGCCGAGUGACUGGGAAAAGAAGCACAGAUAGAGAGAGAGAGACAGAGAAAAAAGACGAGCGGCGAAGGAAGGAAAAAAGGAUAGAGCGACGGCUGAAUUGUUAGCGAUGCCCAACGCGAGUCCGGCUAUGCCAGGGGCAGCGGUGUUGCACCAAGCUCUGCAAAACAUGGAUUACAAGCAAGGUCUUACUGAAGGCACAGAAUGAAGGUUUUUUGGAGGAGCAGGAAGCAGAGAUGUCGGUGCCUUUACUUAAAAUUGGGGUUGUGCUAAGCACCAUGGCAAUGAUCACCAACUGGAUGUCGCAGACCCUGCCAUCCCUAGUUGGACUCAACACCACUAGGCUAACUGCGGCGAGCGGGGGUAGCCUGGAUCGGAGUACGGGAGUGCUUCCAGCCAAUCCAGAGGAGUCAUGGCAGGUGUACAGCUCAGCCCAGGACAGUGAGGGCAGGUGUAUCUGUACAGUGGUGGCACCGCAGCAGACGAUGUGCUCCCGUGACGCCAGGACCAAACAACUGAGGCAGCUACUGGAAAAAGUGCAAAACAUGACACAAUCAAUCGAGGUUCUGGACCGACGGACCCAGAGGGACCUCCAGUACGUCGAGAAGAUGGAGACCCAAAUGCGGGGUUUGGAAUCCAAGUUCAAGCAAGUGGAGGAGAGCCACAAGCAGCACAUGGCACGGCAAUACAAGGCAAUUAAAGCGAAAAUGGAGGAACUUAGGCCUUUGAUACCAGUGUUGGAGGAGUACAAAGCCGAUGCAAAAUUGGUAUUGCAGUUUAAAGAGGAAGUCCAGAAUCUGACGUCAGUUCUUAACGAACUUCAGGAGGAGAUUGGCGCCUAUGACUACGAGGAGCUACAGAACAGAGUGUCAAAUCUCGAAGAAAGGCUCCGUGCAUGCAUGCAAAAAUUAGCUUGUGGCAAACUAACGGGAAUAAGCGAACCAGUGGCAAUAAAAACAUCAGGAUCCCGAUUCGGAUCAUGGAUGACCGACCCUCUGGCACCAGAAGGUGAUAACAGGGUCUGGUAUAUGGAUGGCUAUCACAACAAUCGCUUUGUGCGGGAGUACAAGUCCAUGGCGGACUUCAUGAACUCUGAUAAUUUCACCUCCCACCGUUUGCCCCACCCUUGGUCCGGCACUGGGCAGGUGGUCUACAAUGGCUCCAUUUACUUCAACAAGUUCCAGAGCCACAUCAUCAUCAAGUUUGACUUCAAGACUGAGACCAUCAGCAAAUCCCGCAGCCUUGAGUAUGCGGGCUUCAAUAACAUGUAUCAUUACGCCUGGGGGGGACACUCGGACAUUGACCUGAUGGUCGAUGAGGGGGGCCUCUGGGCUGUCUAUGCCACCAAUCAAAAUGCUGGAAACAUUGUCAUCAGCAAACUGGACCCCAAUACACUUCAGAUCAUCCAGAGCUGGACAACAAAUCACCCAAAGCGUAGUGCUGGGGAAGCCUUCAUGAUCUGUGGGACCCUGUAUGUGACCAACGGCUACUCGGGGGGCACAAAGGUUUAUUACGCCUACCAUACUAAUGCUUCCACCUACGAGUACAUUGAUAUCCCCUUUCAGAAUAAGUUUGGUCAUAUCUCAAUGUUAGACUAUAACCCCAGGGACAGGGCCCUCUACGCCUGGAACAAUGGACACCAGGUCCUCUACAAUGUCACCUUGUUCCAUGUCAUCAGGUCGGAUGAGUUGUAGUCCACUGCCCAAAGACUUCUUCAUAUAAUUAUAUAGAUAUAUACAUAGCCAGAAUAUUUAUACCUACAUAUAUAGAGAGAGCAAGAGGUAGAUAGAUAGAUAGAUAGAUAGAUAGAUAGA